CGGUGCUAAUGCUACCAAAAACUGACGGUUGAGUACAAGUAGAGAAGACUUGCUUAGUUUCAAGUGUUAUAUUAACCCGGUGUCAACUUUAUAAACAACAGACAGUUUUAGCUGCAGUGCAUCUAAAGUGCACUAAAGUCUUGCGGUGCAUCUUGUCAGCGAAGAUAUUGGAAACCGCCUCGACAGAGAAAUACUACUUCCUGAAACUCGUCUUUUGCCAGGAAUAAACAAAGUUCCACGUUCUACUUUUUUGCUUUAUUCUCAUUACUCCUACUUUCCUUUCCUUUACUUUUUUGUUUUUUUUUGUUAGACAAACAUGUCAAAGCUAGAGGCCUUGCUGGAAGAUGGACUCAGAUCAGAGUUAAUGCUUAAGCAGCAGCUGAAGACCAUCAGUGAGGCCCUCAGACAGCAGCUGCAGGAGUCAGAGAAGAGACAGACAGAGGAGUUGGAAAGGAGGAUUCAUCAGGACGCUCUCCUGUCAACAGAUAUACACCAAGAGUCCAUUGAUAAAAAAGAAGUCAACCGUCAGCCCAAAAAUGUAGGAAUGAGGAGAUCCAUCUCUACAUCUGGCCUGACCUCAGACAAAGAGACCUCCCAUCAUCUUAGACAGUCAGAGAGGCCUAACUCAUCUUCUCCAGCCUGGGUAUUGCCAACAAACUGCAAGCAUUGUUCUGUCAGGACUUCCCCACUGACUCCUACCAAGACACAACUAUAUGAACAGGUAGCUUUAUUUAAAACAACACAGAUGAGCAAAGAGGAGGAGGCCGAGGCUGAAUGUCAGAAGAAGUUCUGUGCUGUCCCAGUCCCCAACCAUGUCACCCAGCCCCUCUAUCAGGAGGUGAUUGAGCUUAGAGAGAAAGAGAGGAAGCAGGGUCAUGAGCAGAGAAAGAACUUUUUGCUCUCCAUACAAAAACCUUUCAGCUUCCAGGAAAGAGAAAAGGAAAAAAGGCAGAAGCUGUUAGCUACGUUAAACCAAGCCUCCCAGGAUCAGAAGAACAAGAUUCCUACUGUCAGAAAAUCUCUUCACAAAGUAGAAAAUGACUCACUAGAUUCUGAGUUGAAAGACCAGGAGGAGGUUUGCAGGACCGUCCACACUCACACGACACAGCGACAGGAGAAUUCCACUUCAUCCUGCAGCCCGAAACUUCGCAUUGCCGAGCACACCAGGAAAGAAAAGCUGGGUUUCCUGGAUGAGAAGCCGAGCUUCCAGCCAAAAAUCAUCCAUCAGAUCCCUGAUUUCAGCAGGUUGCACAAGGCCUUGCAGACAGAGGCACUGAGAAGAACACAGAGUAAAGAAGUGACAAAGUGUCAACCCUUCUACCUCAGGACAUCAGCUCUCCCUGUGAGGCAAAGUAGGAUGAGCCCAGAAAACUCACAGGAACCAAAAAUAAGUCAUCUCAGUAGAAGCAAGUCACUUGGGGCCUUAACAUCACUGUCCACAGACACACUCCCCUUGUACAUCACAGAUGCUGUGAGGAAGCGCUGCAUGGCCAUCAGAAAGUCAAUGGAGGUGAGGGAUAGUAAGAAUCAAGAGAGUGCAGACUGGUUGAGGAAGUACCAAAUGAGGUCCCAGGCCAUGAAGAAGACAGUUGCCCUCCAUGCGAAGCUGAUGGACCCAAACAGCAGCUUGAAGGAAGUAAAUAAUGAAAAACUAAAGCACCAUAUUGUGGCUGACCGACAAAGGACGAGAGAAUACAUGAAAGAGUUACGGAAAAUGAAGGCACGAGUUAGUGAACGCCCUUAUUUGUUCGAACAGGUGAAACAGAGAAAUGCAAAAGCUCAUGCAGAGCAGACAUACAGAGACAAGCUGAGGAAAGCUGGCUUUAAGGAGCAAUUUGUUCAAGAAAAUGGAGAAACAACUGAAGGAACAUCAGUCUCAUCCAGAUCUGAGGACGAUGUGAAUAACCACAGCAAUGAAAAUAACAUUCAUAGCAGGGAAGAAAAUGUAGACGACGGGGAGAAAAUUGAAGAUGUGGAAGAGGAGAGCGUGAAGUCCAAAGGGGAAGAAAUGCCAUGAUCAAAAAGGUUCAGGCGGCACAGAGCUUUUUGUGGCCUCUCCACUAGAAAACAACACUGUCUUCAAAAAUGAUUCAUGUCACGGCUAACUAUCCGCACCAAACGUUUGACAGUUUAAGAUGUGCAACCAUAAAUUAUGAAAUUACAAAACAUCUGGACUUUACAGUCACAAAUGUCGGGGAUUACAACUGGAAGAAAAUAAAAGUUUAUAGAACUGAA